UACUUCUCCCCUUACAUGCUUAAAGCUGUCCUCGCCCCCUUCCUGGCUAAAUUAGAUCACUAUUGGACCCUUCCCAGCCAUUUAAGUGUUCUCCCUCAACUAUUUGAGUUGUGUUUUAGCUGCAGUUUCCGUUCCACAUUUAACUUCUCUUAUCUGUACACGUUCACCUUGGCUUGAGGACACGGAGGCUGAUCUCGCCCAGACGGAAGUGUUUUGUUUCUUUUAUGUGCAGUUAUGGAAACCAACUUGGCAAUGGUGUCGGACAGGGAUGUGUCAUUGGUGGACUGUGGAAAUGUACUGAAGUAGAAGACCAGGGCAGGAAUUUAAAUGCUAAUGGUUAACGUCCCUUUUUUUCUCUCCUUGCAGAUAAAAGCAUACAGUGGCCAUGGACCUGCAAAAUAAAGAUAUCCUUCCCAGAGAGAUUCUGCCAGUUGUUGUCAUCGGUAACGGCCCCUCGGGCAUCUGCCUGUCAUAUCUGUUGUCAGGUUACACCCCCUACCUGUCUCCAGAGGGCACUCACCCUAACCCCCUACUGCAAGGCAAGCUGGAUCAACAGCCUCACCUGUCACUGAUGGAGCUGGACCUGGAGUACCUGUGUGAGGGACUAGAGGGCCGCUCCUCCAACCCCGUGGCUGUGCUGUUUGACUCCCUGCUCCUGCCCGACAGUGACUUUGGGCUGGACCAUGCCUCACCCCUGCUUUGGCGCUAUGAACCGGAGCGGGCCACCCCACACCUGGUGCUUGGCAAAGGACCACCAGGAGGAGCCUGGCAUGCGAUGGAAGGCUCCAUGCUCACUCUCAGCCUGGCUAACUGGAUGGAACUGCCCGGCCUGAAGCUUAAGGAGUGGAUGAGAGAAAAGCGCAGGAACGUCCGUAACGACAGGGCCACCCCCGCCGAGAUCGCCUCCUACUACCAGCACUAUGUCAACCAGAUGGGCCUGGAGGACAGCUUCGCCUGCGGCACCACCGUCACCUCCAUACAGAGGGUGAACUGCGAGGGGGCCAGCGGCCGUCCCUUUUGGAAAGUCCAGGGGACCCAGAAGAGGGAGGCUGACGAGCUGGGGGAAGGAAGUCUGUCAGAGGUCCCCUUUACAGUGUGCGCAGACUACGUGGUUCUGGCCACGGGCACCCAUGACAUCCCGGCCCGUCUGGGUGUGGAAGGCGAGGGUCUCCCCUUCGUGUGCCACAGCUUCUGGGAGCUGGAGGCAGCAAUCUCCAGAGGCCAGCUGGACCACACCUCAGACCCGGUACUGGUGGUGGGAGCCGGGCUGACAGCGGCCGACGCUGUCCUGGCAGCUCACCACCUGAACACGCCUGUGUACCACGCCUUCCGGCGCUCGGUCACCGACCCAGGCCUCAUCUUCAACCAACUUCCCAAGCUCCUCUACCCUGAGUACCACAAGGUGCACCAGAUGAUGACCCAGCAGCAGCAGCAUGGCCAAGACAUCCCCAACUCUGGGGGAACGGGCACCCCGGUGGACCAACAGGAAAACAACACCGCCUCCAUGUCUACUGGCUCCUACCCAGGCUAUGUCAGCCUGCCCAAACACCGGGUGGUGGCCUUCAAGCCUGACAGGAAGUGCGUGCUGGAGGGGGAGGACGGAUGUCGCACCGUGCUGCAGGUCUCCAUGGCCCUGGUGCUGAUUGGCGCCCACCCCAACCUGUCCUUCCUCCCUGAGAACGGACGGCCCCUCGGCCUCAACCCCCAGGAGCCAAUCACGUGCCGGCGGAACCCCCUGGAAGUUGACCCCUACACGUACGAGUCGGUGUCAGAGGGGGGGCUGUACGCCAUGGGGCCUCUAGUUGGGGAGAACUUUGUCCGCUUCCUCAAGGGGGGUGCUUUAGCCAUCGCUAGCGACCUCGCCAAGAAGCAGCGGGCCAAGGAGGAGAAUCGCACCACCCUGCGUGUGUCCUAGACUCUUAGGGGUUAAGGGUCGCGACAGGAGUAAACUGCUCCUAAGGCCUGUAUUAUUAUUAUGUAGGCUGGGCUGGUCAGCUCAGGCUAAAAGACUGAAGCGCAAUCUGUGACAAUACGACCUGCACUAGUCCCAAUACUCCUCAAAGGAUAUUGCCACUUUCUCUGGCUCCGCUGAGAGAUUAAUUAAAUCUUUUUUACCAGGGCAGGAGAGUAGGUCAGGUUGAUGUGUAGCUAAUCAUAUGGUGCAAGGGUAGAAUCAAUGUCCUUAUAGAGUACCACAGUAUGAGUCAUAAUACCCAUAGAACAUGGCGGUCAAACAUGCGAAUGGCUCCAAUAGUUUAGUACACCGUUCAUUUAUCCCAUGGAUGGAUUUUAGAAAUACUUAAAAUAAGGGCUGUGUUUCCUGUAGGCUUACCCUGGCGUAAUGUUUUGAUAACCGUGUAAAUCUCUCUCA